CCAGUUGUCUUCUGAGCACUGAUCUGCAAGCACACGAUCAGAAAUCCUCCAGGGUGUGCAAUGGAGACUGAUCCAUUCAAGCCUUUUGUAAAGCGAGCUGCUUCCUGGUCACUUGAGCACAGCCAGAUUUUGGUGAAUCUGUGGUGUGAGGCCAGUAAAACUGUGGAUUUCAGCAAAAGCACCAGAAAUGACCACCUGUACCAGCAGAUAUCUAAAAAGCUGGCAGCUCUGCAGAUUUUCCGGACAAGUGACCAGUGCAGGGAGCGGAUUAAAAGGCUAAAGAGAGAAUACAGGAAGACCAGGGAUAAGAAUUGCUCCUCGGGCAACUCACCAAUGACAUGCCCAUUUUAUGAUGACUUUGACCGGGUCCUGAGCUCUGUGCCCAGCACAGAGCCAACUGUGCUUCAUGAUGACCUGGUGAGUGGGGAUGGUGCCCUGCUGUCCCCCAAUUCCAGGCAGCAGCAGGUUCCCAGCCAGGAUCAUGAAGUGACUUUUUUAAUGCAGCCAGUUCCAGAGCAGGCGGUGGAUCAGGCUCAACACCAAAUUCUCAGUCCCCAUUCAGAAGAGCUGUUUGAUCCUCCUGCCUUUGAAGAACAGACUGCUGCCAACAGCCCGGUGGAGACAGAAGCAGCCCUAGAACCCGCCGGACCCUCAAGCUACACGGCCUGCUGUUCUUCAGGAACUCCAUCCCUGGCCCAGCGUACCCUCGCAGACCGGUCCAAAAGAAAGCGUUUCCGUGACGAAGUCAUGGCCCAUGUUCUUCAGCGGAUAGAGCAGCAGGUGCACUACCAGAAGCAGAGGGAUGAAAGACUGGAACAACAACGUGCUGAGAGGCAGGUGGAGAGGCUGAGGCUCGCCAUCCAGCUGGAGGCGAGCGUUUCAGCCAGGGAGCAGGCACUUGCAAAGCAGUUCCUGGAACAGGAACGGCGGCUAAGGGAGGAGGACAGAGCCCAACAGAGAGAACUGUUCGAGCAACUCCUGUCUCUAAUGGCUGCAAGAGCACAGGCCCCUGCUGCCUCUCCCGCACCACGGCAUGAUGCCCCAUCAAUGUACCCUCAGCCCAGCAGUAGGUGGGGACUUUCCCUGGCUGGAACCAGCCCCCUAGGGCAGCUCCCGGCUCUGCUGACUUCAACCCCUGAGCCGGGGACACCAGGCUGCGGAAUAACAUCCAUGUUUCGCUCCUGCUCAUCCCCUCUUCCCAGGCGACAGGGAAGGGAAAUGGCGGCUGUGGAGCCAGUUCAGCAGCCGGUGACCUUCGAGGAGGUGGCUGUGUAUUUCACCAGGGAAGAAUGGGCUCUGCUGGACCCCGCUCAGAAAGCCCUCCACAGAGACGUCAUGCAGGAGAACUAUGAGAAUGUGACCUCGCUGGCGACCUUGAGUUCUCAGCUGCCCGUGUCAACAGCAGCUCAAAGACUCCAUAACCUGUGGCAGAAGCCACGAAAAAGCAAAGACGACCUGCUGCAGACAGUUAUAGAUCACUCUGCCAGAGAGAAUAAAAAACUGCAGGACUGGAGGGAAAGGGAAAGCAGGAUCCGCCAGAGAAACGCAGCGGCCAGGAAGAAAAGCAAAAAGCAGCUGAUAAACAUCCUGGCACGCCAAGCAGACUCUAUCCAGGCGCUCGUAGCCAUGCAGGCAGAGCACUACCGCCCCGCCCCAUCCCAAAGCUCUUUCCCUUGUAUCCCAAUGUCAGCUCCAAACCCCCUUCCCCAGCAUCAAGGUUCUUACCUCCACCAGCUGCCUCCAACACCUGUACGUUCACCAACCAGCCCUGAGAACUACGACCCUUACCCUCUGCCUCCAACACCUGUACGUUCACCAACCAGCCCUGAGAACUACGACCCUUACCCUCUGCACUCAACCCCCCUCACCAUGCAGUACAGGCAUCCUGAAGUGCAGCAGUCAUUGCACAGCACUCCAGACAGGACAUAUUCAAACCUGUGACUGUACAGUUCCCCACCCCACCCCUCUGCCCUUUUAGGUUCCCAAAAUGUUGUGCGUCUGUCAAUAAAGUUAUUUUCUUUUCAAUAAAUGAAUUCUUGGCUUUGAAAACAGUCUUUAUUAUUGCAGAAAGUCAAAGAUACCUUAGCCCAGGAAAGAAACAGGCACUGCAAAUCAGCUUAGGAAAAACAGAUUCCUACUAACAUUGGAACCACUGCACUUCAUUCCCGUGCAAGGCACCAAACAUUAUUGUUGGUUUUCAGCCUCAAAUUC